GCAUUUUUUUCUCUUCCCGGAGGUGGGUUUUUCAGUUCUUUUAGAGAAGUCAACACAAAUGGAUAUGUCUGAUUCUGAUGCCCACAAUCUUAAUGUUGUCAACCCCACAAAUUUUCAAGGAGGUGCAAUUAUGGGGAACAGAAAGUUCGGACAGGAGAUUAGGCAAACAAGGAGAGCUUUGAGUGUGAUUAAUCAGAAUUUGUUGGGAACACAAGCAUACCCUUGUGUAACUAACAAGAGAGGCUUGUCAGAAAAGCAUGAGAUUUUUGAGAAAACUAAGCCUAAUCCAAUGCAACGGCCGAUUACCAGGAAGUAUGCUGCACAGAUGUCUAGCAGUCAACAACAUUGCCAGGAGGAGAAUAAGAAGCUGAAAUCAACAGUCCCAGACACAAACGAGUUUGGAGAUUUUAUUUUCAUAGAUGUGGAGGAUAACAAAGCAAAUCUAGAUCACCCGGUACCUAUGUUUUUAGAAGAUUCAGAAACAAGCCUACAUAGGACAGAUGAGAUGGAGGAGGUGGAAAUGGAGGAUAUAAUUGAAGAGCCGAUUAUCGAUAUUGAUGCCUCUGAUGCAAAAAAUCCACUAGCAGUUACUGACUAUGUUGAAGAUUUAUAUGCCUUCUACAAAAAAAUGGAGAGUUCUAGCUGUGUUUCCCCAAAUUACAUGGUGCAACAAACUGACAUUAAUGAGAAGAUGAGAGCUAUACUUAUAGACUGGCUUAUUGAGGUGCACGACAAAUUCGACCUCAUGAGUGAGACAUUGUUUCUUACUGUUAAUAUCAUAGACAGAUUUUUGUCCCAGCAAACAGUAGUGAGAAAGAAGCUUCAGUUGGUUGGUCUGGUUGCUAUGCUAUUGGCAUGCAAAUACGAGGAGGUUUCUGUUCCUAUUGUAGGAGAUUUGAUCCUUAUAGCCGACAAAGCUUAUACUAGGAAAGAACUUCUAGAAAUGGAGAGAUUGAUGCUUAACACAUUGCAGUUUAACAUGUCGUUUCCAACCCCAUAUGUUUUCAUGAGGAGAUUCCUCAAGGCUGCUCAAUCCAACAAGAAGGUUGAGCUUCUAUCCUUCUUCUUGAUUGAACUAGCCCUUGUGGAGUAUGAGAUGCUCAAGUUCUCUCCAUCAUUACUAGCAGCUGCUGCUAUCUAUACUGCUCAAUGUACUCUUUAUGGAUUUAAGGAAUGGAGCAAGACAUGUGAAUGGCACAGCAAUUACUCAGAAGAUCAGUUAUUGGAAUGCUCAAGAAUGAUGGUUACUUUCCAUCAAAAGGCGGCUACUGGAAAACUAACUGGGGUACAUAGGAAGUACAGCACAUUUAAGUUCGAGUACACCACUAAAUGUGAACCAGCAAAUUUUCUGUUAGAUACCAAAAUAUAAUAGGGGAAUGUACAGCCAACUGACUGACUUCACCUGAUUUAGUGAAGAAGAAGAGGAGGAAGCAUCACAACAAUUACUUGUGAUUAGGAGGGUGAUUAGUUUGUGUUGUUGUUGUUAACAUGAGCCCAUCACAACUUACCUCCAUUCUUCGCAGUAUAUUUUUUUUGUAUUCCCCUUGAUACAAUAAUUUUACAAUAAAUAUGGCAUUCUUCA